UUUUGCUCUUUUCGACAUGUGUUGUCUUUGCAGCUUACUUCCUGCCUGUGGCGAUAGCUUUUGCUUUUUCUUUUUCUUCUUCUUCUUCAGUCAGUUUUGCAACAUAUUACAAGCAACGCAAACAUGACGCAUCCAAAGUUCAGAUGUUCAUGAGGUUGGAGUUAUGGGCUCGUCACAUCUGUUUUCAGACAUUGUGAAAAGUGUGGGACAUUGAGGUUUAAACAUGGACGUUAGGAGAGUUCGAACUUUCCACUUGGUGUAUCUGUUAGCCCUGUGCCUGCCUUCUUUGUCGUUAACAAUCAUUCCGGAAUGUGCUUUUGAUUCUGAUGUCACAUGGAUUCCGUUUGGAAACAAGUGGUACACUUUCAUUUCGGCUCCAGGAAUUGGCUAUAAAAUGAACAGAGCUCAGGAAAUCUGCCAAGAAACUGCCCCAGGUGCCAAUAUUGUCAGCAUCCUUAAUGAAAAGGAAAACAAGUUCAUUGUUAACCAGUUUAAAAAGACUGUACAGUCUGACGCUAUUUGGUUGGGCAUGAUCUUUGAUACAGACAGUAGCACCAUGAGAUGGCUUGAUGAAUCUAAAGUAAAUUACUCAAACUGGGCUUCUGGGGAAUUGCCUGGAGAAACUUCUGAUGCCGAUACAUGUGUCGUUAUGGACACAGAGUCAGGGAAGUGGAAAACAGUCAAUUGUGAUGAAAGCUUUGGAAGAUCAGUGGCAUGUGAAACAACAACAAUUGCUGUACCUGAUGGAGAAAAAUGUUCAAGAGGCAGAAAAAAUAAUGUAUUACCAACAGCAUUAAUCAUCUCAUCUGCUGCAAUUUUGGUGAUAAUUUCAAUAAUUACAUGGUAUGCAUACAAAAGAAAAUGUCUUGCUGCAAAUGGACUUAAUUCCAUUCAGUAUCAUCCAACAGAUCAAGUUGCAGAUGACCGUGUUUUGGUAGAGAAUGAAGAAAGGGAAUAUGAAGCAUAGUCUUUUAGUCAUGAUGUGGGAUAAAUAACUAACAAUUUAAUUGUUUGAUGAAUGAUGAAACAAUGCUAUGUUGCCAUUGGCUAUCUAUAGUUAGAAUUUUUAAAUAUUGAUUUUUAUAAAUUCGAUCCAUGUUUUUGUCUUAGUUACUAAAGGCAACAUUUUAAACAAAUGGAUAAAGGAAAGCUUGGAAUGUAAAACCUGAUGUUUUAAAUAUAUACUUUAACCAGUUAUCUAAUUUAAAUAAUUUAGCAACUAUUAACUUGCAUCAACUUUGAUUUACAUGAGUUUUGUAAAGUUACAGAAUAAAGGCACAAAUUAAAAACAAUAGGAAAAGAAAAGUAACCUCAAUAGUUAUUUAACUUGUACUUUUUUAAAUAUAUGAAUAAGUUUCUCCUACAAUUCAGUGGUUUCAUUGGAUUUUGAAGAAUUUAUUUUUAAUUGGUUGUGGCCAUGGAUUAACAUUACAAUAUUAAAAUGUUUGUCUUUUUAAAGUAUGCAAAUGUUGAAAUAAUUUUGGUUUCCUUGCAUGAUGUGUCUCUGGUUACCAGCUACAUCAAGACAUUUAUUUGAAUUUAUUACUGUUUAUCAUAUUCUUGUAAGUGUUACAAUGGUAUUUCAGCCUGCAAAUUGAUCUAGCAGCUUCUCAUAGCUACUCUGGGCUCAAACGUUUUAAUUACAUGCUAAUGUGCACAUAAUUAUGAAGUCUGCAGUCUGUGUUAUUAAAAGUUCAAUUUAAUUGUAA